AUGGCUCCAGUUAAGCAACCAUCCACCUUUGAGCAAAUCAAGAACUCGCCCGCAUUCACCGUGGCCGUCCAAGUCUCGUUGUUUGCUGCCGGUGUCGCCUUCAUCCAGUCACCUUUGAUGGACUUUUUGGUUCCUCAGUUUUUCAAGAGUGCGGUAGUGGCUGACCGAAUCAACCAGCCAUGA